AUGGGCAAAAAGAUAAAAUGGAGCUGGACCUCCGCUUUAGUUGGAGCAGCUUCAGCUACAGCAGCCAUGGCUCUAAUGAGCGCCAAGCCAAAAGACCCAACAUUCCAUUUAAUCAAAAUCGACUUCACUUCCUUCAAUUUCCAAUUUCCGGUCAUUGACACCGAGCUGAUCCUCACCGUACACGUCACCAACCCCAACAUCACACCCAUCCACUACUCCUCUACUACCAUGUCAAUCUUCUACGACGGUUCUCUCCUCGGCUCGGCUGAAGUCCAAGCUGGGUCGCAGCGGUCAAGGUCUUGUGAGUUGCUUAAGCUCCCGGCCCGGCUUGAUGGGGUGGAGCUGAUGACUAACCAUGCCGCGAAGUUUUUCAGUGAUGUGGCAAAGAGGCAGAUGGUUCUUGAAGCCAAGGUGGAUAUUGGUGGUACGGCAAAGAUGUUAUGGUGGGGCCACAGGUUUGAGGAUGUUGUCUCAAAGUUGGAAAUGCAACGAAAUUGUUUGGAAUAUUUUGCAAGAGAUGAGAUGAUAUUUAUUGUGGAGGUCCAUGUUGUUUUCAUACGUGGAGAAGUGGUUAAUACAUGA